UGAAAUCUAUGAAUGCUAUUAUAUUAAGGGUAAUUAUAAUUUUUAAUUUAUUAGCUAUUUGCUUAAAUAUGUUGAAGAGGUUUUAAGAAGCAAUACAUUAUUGUGAUUAUUCAAUUUAAAGAAAUUCUAAUCUUUGGAUAUCCUACUAUCUAAAAGGCACUUAACUUAUACUAAUAUGAUAGCAAUUACUCUAUAUAAUUUGAAAAAUUAUGAAGAAGCUUUGAAUUGUAUUAAUUGUUCUAUUCAAAACAAUCCAGAAGAAUUUAAAAUCUUUUUAAUCAAAUGUUAUAACAUAAUUUGAUUUUAUAGCAAAAAUACUAAGAGCAACCCACAAGUAUAAAGAUGCUCUAAUGAGUUUAGAGGAUGCUAUUAAAAUAAAUCCAUUAUCAGAUGAUGCCUAUAAUCAAAAAUGUAAAUUCUUUAUUAAAUUUAGGCUUUGUUUUAGUUCUGAUGGGGCGUUUAGAAGAAGCGCUGGAAAAUAUUGAAACUGCUAUUAAAAACUCACCUGAAAGCUCUGUUUUAUUUAAUAAUAAAGGUAUAAUUGUAAUUUGUUGAAAAGGUUGUAUUUUACACUUCUUAGGGCGCUCCGUCGAAGCAUCCUUAAAUUUAGACCAUGCCAUAAAAUUAAGCCCUUAAAUUUCUAUUUUUUAAAAACAUAAAUGUAUAUUCAUUUAUUAUUUUGUAGAAUAUUUAGAAUCAUAAUAAUGCACAUCUAAUAAUUAUUAGCAAAUAUUAGAGCAUUUAUAAUUACUAAUUGAUAUAAAUGAACCAAUUUAAAAUAUCUAUCCUAUCGACAAUUACUAUCUUGAAAUGCAAGAUCAAUUUAAUUUUGCUUUAGAUUUCUAAAUUUUUAAUUUAGAUUGCAAAUGA